AUUGUCUGCUCCAUCCCAGUCUCUGGCAGGUCCUUUCUCUGCCUGCAGCUAUGGGAGGCUGCUUCCUUCUCCUCCCCUUCUUCCUUCUCCUCCGGCCAUUGCCCGUCCCUGCCCCCUGCCACACUGCCACCCGGGCAGAGUGUAAGAAGCACCAGAAGUUCAUCCCGGGGUCCCAGCUGGUAGGUGAAGGUGUGGACAUCACCACCCUUCGGCACACGGGCUUCUUCCCCGUGGAUCUGAAUAAAUAUCUUCGGAAGGAUGGGACCUGCACUCUCUGCCGCAAUGACCAUCAAGGGGGGGAUCUCCAGCUCCUCCCUUUGGCCGUCACGGACUGGCGUGCCGAAAUGACCAAGUGCCAAAGGGCAGUGGUCAAAGCAAUGGCUCGUUCAGCGGCAGAGGUGGCCACUUCGGCAGCCAAGAAGAUCCAGAAUAACUGGAAGGCGGACCUGAAUGUGACUCCCAAACCAGCAGUCAACGUCCAGGUGUCGGUGGCCGGAUCCCACUCCAGAGAAGCCAAUUUUGCCGCAGGGAAACUGCAGCAGGACAAGUAUGUCUUCACCAGUGACACGGUGGAGUGUCGCUACUACAGGUUCCGCCUUAUUCAAAUGCCGCCCCUGGAGUUUGAUUUCAAGCGGGCUAUGCACUUCCUGCCUGACAAAUUCACUCCCUCCACUCAAACCGAAUACUUUCAAUUAAUUGCUAACUUCGGCACCCAUUUCAUUACGUCCGUGGAGCUGGGGGGCCGGACAACCGACAUCACCGCCCUGCGCACCUGCAUGCUGACGCUGGACGGGGUCACGGCCGACGAGGUGGCCGACUGCCUGGCAGUGGAAGCCGCGGUGAGUGUGGCUGGCAAGGGGGAAGCCACGUUUGAAAGCAAGCGGUGCGAGGAGAAGAAUAAAAAGCAUAAUCUCAAAGGGUCCUUCCACGAGACGUACAACGAGCGGCAUGUGGAUGUGGUGGGAGGCCAGCACGAGAGCAUCGCUGACCUGAUCUUUGGGGCCACCAAAGAGACGCAACAGUUCUCCGCCUGGAUGGCCACACUUCCAGCAUCCCCUGGGCUGGUGACCUACUCCCUGGACCCUCUCCACUUUCUCCUGCCCAAAAAUGAUCCCCGCAAGGAAGAACUAAGGCAGGCCGUGAGUGAGUAUAUUAUCCAGAAGGCGCGGUGGCAAAACUGCACCCGGCCUUGUCCUGCUGGGAAGGUAAAAAGCGCCCAUGACCCCUGUCGCUGUGUGUGCCAUGAAUCAUGGGGCAUGAAUGAGGAAUGCUGUCCCAAGAAGCGGGGUCUUGCAAAGUUACAAGUGAAAAUCAUUAAGGCAAGCGGUUUGUGGGGAGACUAUUUCACCAGCACAGAUGCCUACGUCAGAGUGUUUUUUGGGGGAUUUGAGCAGAGGACACCCACGAUAUGGAAUAACAACAACCCAGUGUGGCAGACCGAUAUAGAUUUUGGGCCUGUGCAGUUGAACUCGGGGGGACCCCUCAGGAUACAGGUAUGGGACGCUGACAACGGCUGGGAUGAUGAUCUCCUGGGUACUUGUGACCGGGCUCCCCAUACAGAGGAUUCGAAGAUUCAGGACUGCUAUCUGAACCACGGGUCGGUGUCAUUCCAGUAUGACGUGUCCUGUGCACCCCACCUAAAGGGGUCAACGUGCCUGGAGUAUGCCCACCAGGGCCUCCUGGGAAAGCCAGUAGGGAACCGAAGUGGGGCGGUGUGGUGAAGCCCAGCCAGGACCCCUCCAGUCUGGAGCAUGGAACAGGGACAGGGACUGAAAUAGGUGCUGAUUAGGGAGCUGCUGUUUGGAAAACAUCAAUCUAUAGUAGCCAUUUGAGGGGAGGGUGGGACAACAGGAGUCAGAGUUGAAUCAGAGAGCUAAGGGGAAAAUUAUCGAGUUGGGACAGCCAGAGUGGUGGUCGGGGAGAGAGAGUCAGGAGCUGAGGGGGUGAAAAAACUGGACUGAGUCGAAAUUGAAAUGGAAUAAAAAAUUCAGAAGCUGUUCCCUUCAGGGGCUUUCAGCGAGGAAACUUUCCUCAAGGCAUCUGGCAGUACAGUGCACUUCUGGAGUAAAUGAAACCUGAGCUCAGAACUCGUCCAUGUUCCAGCCCGUUUUGGCGUCUCCCAAAUCAAGACCAUGCUCUACAGAUGGGCACAGUAGACCGGAAAUUCCGGGCUGGGAUUUCCCUGUGUAAAUUCUGUUCCCAAUCCCAGAUCCAUCCUAACCCUAAAUCCUGAAGGCAACUCAGUCGAAAGCCAGUGACACGAAUUGAUUACAGGAGCCUCAACAGGUAAACUUGGCCAUAACAGCAAAGCUCCCGGCUGGCAUGUCAACCCCAGAAGUCCUCAGCCCGAUCUCAACCAGCUGGUUUCAAGACCAGAGUUGAAGACCAGAGCAGGCCUGGAGGUUUCAAGAUAUGGGGAAAAAAGACAGGUGACUAUUGGUUAAACCAUACAGAUUCCCUGAUGUAUUAGGUGGGGGAUGGCAGGAAGGCAGGGAAUCUGUGGUCUAGCUGAGUAGGGGCAGGUUUCUCUGUGGCAGCGUGCAAUCAUCAGUCAUUUGUGGGAGUUUGUACGAGGUUGCACCAACCCCUUAGGAUCUGAGCUAUGCAGGUUCAGAGGUCUUAGGGAGCUGAGAUAAUACUAGGCCCCCGCUAAGCUCAGGAGCAAGGUGAGAGGAAGUAAGGCAUACUCAUUUAGUGAUAUUUAUUGAGUACUCACUAUGUGCAGAACAUUAUAAUAAUAAUGCUGCAUUUGU